AUGGAUCAGGCCUGGUUAGAUUCUCUCUCCGAAGAUUGGGUAUCUCAACCUCGAUCCGAAUCUCCAGAGCCAGAACUUCCAUCUCUCACAAAUGGCACAUCGGAUUCUUCAACCCCUCACCCAACUGCCCUGGCUAGUCGCAUACCGAAGUUCAAUUCGGAUACGAAGUCUUGGUCGAAUCUGCCGGACAGUAACCCAUUGAGUGAGAGGAGUCAGAACGAGACCAAUAUUCCCUUGUCCCAACGAACCCAUCAGCCAUCGAAACUACGAAGUGAAGUACCACAAAGCCCGAGGGGUAGAAAAUUCCCUCGACCGUUGUCAGCAGCUUCCAGCACACACACAACAGAAUAUAAUACAAUUCAACAUAACAAAUCCCUCAGCGCAUCGCCCAAGAAGAGCUCAAAAGAUACCCCGGAAUGGAAGAGAAGACUUCUCCAAGGAGACGUUGGAUAUAAUGAACAGCGCGAUCUAUUCAGCGCAGCGGGCCUCGAGACGAUAUUUCAACCACCUCCUACCGAGAGUUCAAUCAAAAAGCCACCCACCUUUGGAGAGAGUAGUAUUAUGCCAUCCAGUCCUCCACUGUAUCGCACAAGAUUAGCGCCUCCGCAAUUUGAUGAUAGCGAGUCAUCAUUUGAAGAUUCUGUCCAAGAAGAAGAAAAUGACCUACCACGAGGCGCGAAAUAUGGGAUGACUGAAGAUUUUGGUAGUGAUUUUUCUACCAAUGACUUGAGUCGAGGAAGCGAUUUCAGAUUUAGCGCAGUAAAUACUUUGAGUCCCGCUAAAGAACACACGCUUGCCUCGGAUUCGAUAUCAAAUGCGGACGACCUCCGGAUCAGAAAAGAAUACCUCGACGUAGGACGAACCCUUAGCGGGCAAAGCGAUACGCGCAACGAAUUCCUCUCACCAAUAUAUUUAUUAAAACAGAGUACGAUAGGCGUUCAAGUCGGUGUUUCGCCAACGGAAAUAUUGCCUGCCGAACUUCAAGAACGCCUGGAAAAACUUCGUACUGAUGAUUCAAAUAUUGAUGAAACCCAAGACCUCCAGAAUAUCUCGCGACCUAUAACUGGUGAUGUUACAACAGAUACGGACGAUUUCAGGCGCAACGGACAAUUCGUCAAUGUUCGAAGAGGUGGCCGUUCUGAAGAAGGUUCUUUCCAAAAGCGAAUGCUAAGUCCUUCUUCCCUGCCGCCAAUCGAUGAAUCGGCAUUUUCAAUUGAUAAUUCCCCGCACGACAGCUCUGAGAAGCAGCUCCCCAAAAUAAGAAAGACACGAGCCUCCAACGAACUCCUAGAGUCGCCUGUGAAUCUAAGAUCCCCUCCAAUUCCGCCAACACCUCAUUCCAGUCCAGUUAAAUUCGCUGUUAAAAGCAAUCCCGGCAGCCCAUUGAAGCUUUUCGGCACUCACGAUACGUUUACAAGUCAAAAACUUCUCCGUAGACUUAGUCAAUACGAGGAUCACGAAAGUGACCCUGAACCAGAUGUGCCACCGAAUACUGCUCAUGAAUCCACGCACCACCAGAUGAAUAAUGCAGAUAACAGCCGGCCCACGUCGGAGAACAGUCAUUUCACAAAAGAGCGUAAGUCAAGGAGGUUUAGUAGUUUUGGUGUCGGCGACUUGGAUAGUUUUCAAUUCAGCGAGGAUGUUUCUUUUGAAUCGAACGGGUCCAUUUUACACAACGACGAUGUAGAAAAUCUGGCUCUCCCUGUCUUAGAUCCAAAGUCACAAACUAGGUUUCAUUUUCGACUUGAUUCUUCACCAAACGUCAAGGAAGGAGAUGACAGGCAAUGUAGUGGUAAUUACAGAACAACUAGCAAUAACAGCAGCAAACGCAAGUUGAUUGUCAGAAAAAGAUCUAGCACUAGCUCUUCUGCAGCGUCUAAUGUCUUGCCCUCUUCUCAGAUGAUCGAGAACCUCAAGACACCCAGGAGGUCGAAUGGCGAAGCGGAAGGGAAACGGCUACUCAGAUCUCCCUUGAAAGAUCCCACGCCAAAAAGACGCCGAACUUUGCACAGAGCGGAUAUUUCACUUCCACUACAACCUGAAGAGCCGUUAGUCUCAAUCAUUGGCCCUUCGCGUCCUUCGACACAGCCAGCUAUGGGCAAGACGCGACAAGACAACGAACAGACCUUUAAAACUGCCAAUCCGAAGAUACUUGCAAUGCGACAACUGCUUCGCCCUCGAACACCCACGCCGAGUCAGCGUAAUCGUCAGCAACGCGAGGAAGCACCUCUUGUUGAGUCAGAUCUCACCUCGGACGAACGUGCAAGAUUAUCGCAAGAGCAUAAAAUUGCUAUGAUCCAAGCUGAGCUUGAUUUGGCCAACUCUGACAUGCCUCUUGGUGCUAGUCAGCAAUCGCAGGAUAGUCGGAAGCCCUCUGUUACCACUCAAGACUUUUUGGACGAAGCGAAGAAGAUUAUGGCAGGCAUUCGAGGUAAGGCAAGGCCUCGCAGUGGUCUUACCAGUCUCGAAGAGUCCGAGUCCGAAACCGAUCGUGUACUUCCAGCGAAUACGACAGCAGAUGAUGAGUUGGAGGAUUCCUACCAGGAGUCAACUCAGGAACUGUUUGAAAGACCACCGAGUCGCGAAGGUGCUCCAGUGUCGAGAGCACCGCUCACGCAAGAUCCGGAGCUUCUGGAUCAUUUACGUAAAUAUGAGGAGAAGAGUGAGAUGGAUGGUAUUAUUGCUUCAUCUAUAAAGUCCAUGGCUGUGGCAAAAGAGGGCAUGAAAAAUGCGAAGGAAAUCGAUAGAAUAGCAGACGAAACAAUCUCGAGAUCGUUCGGUCACUUCUUAGACCCUAUCGAUAUAAUCCAGAGCGAGCCGCCAAAUAUUCGCAUAUCAAACAAUCCGGACAUUCAGCGAAAGCGCAAACAUUCUGGCUCUUCGCGACAAUUGGACGAAGAAUAUGAGGAUCCAGAUUUCUUCACACAGGGCUCGAACAAUUCAAUACCCACGACAUCAUCCAGAGGUUCGGAUUCACGGCGUGUGAUUGCUCCGCAUACAGUAUCUCAUCUGAUCCCAGAGCAACUUGCUGGCAUGGUUUUUGAUCGAGAACGGAACAUUUGGGUUAAGCGAAGAAACGUCAGAGGUGAAAACGAUGGACAGGAAUCCCCAAAUUCUGAAGGGACAGAAGAGGACCCCUUUGAAGACAUACCUGAUUUGUCAUUUGAUGAGACGCAAGAGCUCGUGCGGUUAAGAGCUGUGGCCGCCAAGCAGAGAGAAGACGCACGAUUACGAUUGGCCGAAUAUCUCGUUGACGAAGGACAGCAAAGGCCUCAAAACAAUACGUACAUGAGCGUUCCGCCCGUCGAUAACAGACCCCAGUCAGCACCUUCAGAGCCUUUUCAACCUCCCUUAGAUAAUUAUGUGCCCGAUAUCAAAAUUCGCUCAGCCUCCGCGGGCGAGGAUAGUGCCCUACGACUGAAGAAGACUCGGAAUAGACAUGUGAACCAGACUAUUUAUGGAAGUCAUAGUUCAGCAGGGAGUAUGGUCCCCGAAGAGAGCAGGAAAUUAGUCAGUGAAGAAGUUUUCAACGAAGCAGAUGGAAACCCGAGUACCACAACUCCGAAACGCCAACGAAAUGUUACAAUCACUUUCUCAUCUCCUAUCGCGGAGCUUAUCGAACCUCCUACUUAUAAUGACGACAAUUCCACGAAAGAGGGAGCUUGCCAAUCUGACUACGACAGUGUCAACUCGGAUAGUGAUGACGGUGGAAGUAUUCGGGUCAGAAAAGGGAAAUCCAAGCAAGAAACCCGAUUACGUGGAGGAUAUCGAAACACUUCCCGCAGGCUAUCCGUGGGAGGACAGCAAUUCAUGCCACGUCCAGUAUCACGUAUCGAUGAACAAGAUGAGGACUCUCUCGAUCGAGGAAAUGGUGGUGUGAAUAAACCCAAGGAGCCCACGCAUUCCGCUCCGCCAAGAAGAGUGGAUAGUGUAGUACUUGCUACACCACGGCCCGUCCAUGAAAUUGGGACCCUUGAGCUUACUCCACUUUCAGAAUUCACGAUGCAUCAAGCUGACGAAUCUUUUGGACUGGAAGUGAGCUAUGUGGCGAAGGGACAAAAGCAUGUACCAGGAGUUUUUACAAAGAAAACACUUUCCCAUUCGAUCAAAGAAAUGGUCAAAAAGUUGACUGAAAUCGAACCUUAUGAGCCAUUCUGGGAGGAUAUGAAAAGUGCUGAUUUGCACAGGAAGAAACUGACAAAUCUACACAAACUCGACGAAUUUUGUGGGCACCUGGAGGAACUGAGGGUAUCCAAAAACGAGAUUAGUCAAUUAAAUGGUGUUCCUUCAACACUUCGCACCCUCAUUAUUAGCCACAACCGCCUAUCCGAUCUCACGUCCUGGGGCCAUCUAUUGAAUCUCCAGCAAAUUGAUGUUUCCAACAACGAGAUUGAGAGCCUUUCCUGCUUCAAAAACUUAAUACAUCUAAGAAGUUUACGAGCAGACAAUAAUCACAUAACAUCGCUUCGUGGUAUUGGAACUCUGAAUGGCUUAAUUACACUUCGGCUUCGAGGCAACCCAAUUGAGACGCUGAAUUUUGAAGGAACAAGUCUCAAACACUUAGAAAGCUUAGACCUUAGAGACUGUCAAAUCUCGGAAGUGAAGAAUCUCGGUCAAUUGGCGAAAUUGUCCAGCCUUGACUUGGAAAAUAACAACUUGAUCAAUUUCAUAUCACCAGAAGACACAUGCUCGGCUAGAGAAAUCAGGUUGAGCUUCAAUAACCUUGAGUAUUUUGAUGCAAGUCUCACACCCGAGAUUCGCAUUCUCUAUCUGGAUGCCAAUCGCAUAAAAACUAUCACUGGUCUCCUCCAUAAAAGAAAGCUUCAUAGUCUCUCGGUACGGGAACAGCAACCUGGCACGAUCCUGGACAAAUCAUUUCUCCAAGAUGCUUUCGAAGUGAGAAAGCUGUUCCUUUCUGGUAAUUAUUUAGGUACCUUCGAUCCAGGAGUCGAGUACCUCAAUCUACAAUACCUUGAGCUUGCGAACUGUGGCAUCACUUCGUUACCAGAUGAUUUUGGUCUUAUGGUAUCAAAUGUACGGGUUCUAAAUCUCAACUUCAACGGGUUGCAAGAAUUCCAAUGUCUUCUCGGUAUCGUUCGUCUUAAGAAAUUACUCCUUGCUGGAAAUCGAUUGUCUAAAGUAGAAAGACUUACUAGAACUUUGAGAGCAUUUCCAUAUCUGUCUACUGUUGAUAUGAGGAACAACCAUGUUAGUCAUAACUUCUACCCAAUAGCAUUAGAAAGAUGCUUGGUCAAGGAGGGUGGGCUUGAGAAGAAUGAACUAGACGUUAUUGAUCCAUAUUCGCUUGGCGAUGCAGAUCCAGCACGAGAUGCGCAUUAUAUCUCGUGCUCAGAUAUGGGAACAAAAUCUAUGCGACGCGUGUACGAGAUGCUGGUCUUCGGCAGAAAGGGCAAUAAUCCCGAACUUCAGAAGUUGGACGGGCUCCCGGUCAAUAGGGAGGUCUCAAAGAUUAGAGAUGAUGUUUGGGAUAAGCUUCUGGAGAUGGGCUACAUAAAGCCUUCCGGAAAGUCUUAUGAAAAGACAAGUAAUUGUCAAACUGAUAAGAAAACGGAAGAGAAUCUGGAAGAGGAAGGCGGAUCUCAUCAUGACGCCUCUAUCAAUGUUUUAGCAGAAAAAAAAAUGGCAAGGAAUUUGGAGGAAUUGCAUCAACAUCAAUAUAAUGGCAAUAAAGCUCAGGAGAAAGCCAAAGGCCCACAAAAUGUAAAAUCUGCCGAGAAGAACGCGGAGAAGGUCGAAUGGAAGGGCGAGAGACCACAUACAGAUAAGGCUGGUGUCAAGAACGCGGAGUCAAAAGUCGAUACCAAACCAGCAGUUCAAGCGAUGGCUGAGGAAGUUUCAACGGACAAAGCUGCUUUGCAGGCAAAAACCGGGAUUCCAUCUCAAAGUCGUGGUCAAGCGUCCAACAUCUCGAAAUCCACGGUUAAUUUUUCGCUGGAUUUACACCAUCGGGAAAAUGUAAAUGUUCCAAGGUCCGAAAUUGACUCUUCGCCAGGACCAUCCACAAUUAGGUUUAUAACAACACGCGACGUUGAGAAAGUUCUCGCUGAUAGUAAAGCUUAUGUUGCGAAGCAUGGAGACUUGAUGAAACGUAUGGACGAGGAGGCUCCAGGAAAAGCGCCCACGCAGUCGGAACCAAAGCGCAUGGAGACUAAUAAUAUGAUGGGAUUCCCCCCUCCAGUAAUCCGACACAAGGAAUUACGAGUUGCUAGUCAGAUGGUGCCUCAGCAACAACCCCAACAAAACGUCGCAGCUGCUAGCCUCCCAACGGUGGCUCAGCUCAAGCAGGAGCUUGAAGAAAUGCUGCAAUCAUUCGAGCGCGAGUCGAAGUCUAAAGGGUCCAGAUCUUUGCACCGAGACCGAGAUGAGCAAGGACCUUCUCUUCGUCAGAGCAACCUAAGCAAGCCAGUCACUAAGAGGGGCUUCAAGAAGGUCGAAUUCGCCGAAGGUAGUAAGGAUGCAAAGGAUGCAAAGGAGACCAAAGAGCCGCGCUGGUCAGCUGAGGACAGCUUUGCCUGA